UUAGUACACUAGAACAACAACAAUAAUAAUAAUAAAAACUCGAGGUUGUUACAACACACAAAAGAGUAGUUUAUCUAUCUGCAACAGCAACAGGGUGACAGUGACACUGUCGUAGGAUGGAGAAGGUGGUAUGUGUGACCGGCGGCAGUGGCUGCAUUGGUUCAUGGCUCGUCCAUCUCCUCUUGGAUCGCGGCUACACCGUUCACGCCACCGUCCAAAAUCUCAGUUUUUACAAUCCACACUCUUUCAUUCAUUCAUCAUUUCAUUAUUAUUAUUACAACUCUCACACAACACAACACAACCUUUCUAAAUUAAUUUGCUUUUCCUUCUUCUCACUAACAACAGACGAUGAGGCCGAGACGAAGCAUCUACAAUCCCUCGACGGAGCGUCCACACGCCUCCGCCUCUUCCAGAUGGAUCUCCUCCGCCACGACACCGUCCUCGCCGCCGUGCGCGGCUGCGACGGCGUCUUCCACCUCGCCUCUCCCUGCAUUGUCGACCAAGUCCACGACCCCCAGAAGGAGCUUCUGGACCCGGCGAUUAAGGGAACCAUGAACGUGCUCACGGCGGCGAAGGAGGCAGGGGUGCGGCGCGUGGUGCUCACUUCCUCCAUCUCCGCGGUUACGCCGAGCCCCAAUUGGCCCGGUGAUGUUGCCAAGACGGAGGAAUGCUGGACCGACGUUGAAUAUUCCAAGCAAAAGGGGUUGUGGUAUCCGUUGUCGAAGACUUUGGCUGAGAAAGCUGCUUGGGAUUUUGCCAAGGAGAAUGAUUUGGAUGUUGUGGUGGUAAAUCCUGGCACUGUGAUGGGUCCUGUUAUUCCACCAAGGCUUAAUGCAAGCAUGGUCAUGCUUGUGCGCCUUCUUCAAGGCUGCGCUGAAACAUAUGAGGACUUUUUUAUGGGAUCGGUCCACUUUAAGGAUGUAGCAUUGUCACAUGUUUUGGUGUAUGAGAACAAAUCAGCGGCUGGUAGGCAUCUGUGUGUUGAAGCUAUCUCUCACUACGGUGACUUUGUGGCAAAAGUUGCUGAACUUUAUCCAGAGUAUAAUGUGCCUAAGAUGCAACGAGAUACCCAACCGGGAUUAUUAAGAACAAAGGAUGGAGCAAAGAAACUGAUGGAUUUGGGUUUGCAAUUCAUUCCAAUGGAGAAGAUUAUUAAGGAUGCUGUAGAGGAUUUGAAGAGCAAAGGGUUCCUUUCUUAAAUGAUGCUGCUGCUAUUUAGAACUUGUGUUAGAGUUAUAUUAGAGUGUAGAUUUGUGAUGUUUGCAAUAUGAGCACUUGUGACACAAAGUGUGUAUAAUUUGUUUCCUCAAUAAUGCAAAUUGAGGCUGACUCAAUAUGUAUUGUCAAUCUGUUACUACUUUUUUUCUUAUUAUUAUUAAUAAGGAAUAAAAGCUAGAAUAGACGGGGAGAGGUUAAGGACUUGAAUA